AUGGCGUUCCGGCUCUAUCUUUCAGGCGGCGCUGCUCUGCCUGUCCUGGCAGUUCUCCUGUCGGCAGGCAUCUGGUGGAGCUCCGGCGAGCCCCUGCCGCGCCCGUUCAACCUCACCACCCGCUGGCAGAGCCGGCUCCAGUUCUGGCAUCUCAACACCACCUCGGCCGUCGCCGCCUUCGUCCGGGUGGGCCGCGCCGACCUCGGGGAGCGCUGCCUCAUCGAUGCGGAGUGCUGGGAGAGCCUGGAGGGCGCCGGGUGCGUGGACGGCGUGUGCGCGUGCCCGGCGCCGGCGCUGACGGCGCGCGGUGACUGCGUCAUCAGCAACUGCUCCGAGCUGACGGCGCUGGGCGUCACCACCAGCGGCCAGCACUGGAUGCGGCUGGCCACCGGCGCCGCGCUCACUGCCCUCUACUGCGACAUGGAGACCGACGGGGGCGGCUGGACCGUGUUCCAGCGGCGCCAGGACGACACCGAGCAGGUCGACUUUUACAGAAACUGGCAGGACUACCGCGAUGGCUUCGGCAACGUCUCCGGCCAGCUCUGGCUGGGCAACGAGCUGAUCCACCAUCUGACGGCGCGCGGGCCGCACCAGCUGCGCAUCGACAUGGAAGACUUUGAGGGCGACCGACGCUUCGCGCAAUACGCCAGCUUCUCGCUGGUAGACGAGGCGGACAACUACCGACUGUCGGUGAGCGGCUUCACAGGGAACGUGAAUGACUCGUUCGCUUAUUAUCACAGCGGCUUCGAGUUCUCCACCAAAGACAGAGACAACGACAGGACCGGCAAGGAGUGGUGUGCCAAGUCGUACCAGGUCGAGUAA